AUGGAUUUCAAAAAUUCUACUGAGAACAACGAGAAGGUUGAUGCAAAUUACAAUGUUGUGCCCCUACGCGAGGCUAUGUGCAAGACAGAGAGACGGUUGCGCAGGAAGAUCGAUAUUUUUGUCGUACCUACCGUAAUGCUGAUGUACCUGAUGUGCUUCAUCGAUCGAGCCAAUAUUGGAAAUGCUCGUCUCGCUGGCUUCGAGAAAGACCUUAAGCUGAAGGGCUAUGAUUACAACACCGUCCUGUCUAUUUUCUACGUGGGAUACAUUUUAUUCGAAAUACCGGCCACCAUGUGCUGCAAGAUCAUGGGUCCCGGCUGGUUCCUGCCCUUGGCCACCGUCGGCUUCGGAGCUUGCUCGAUAGCGACUGCGUUUGUGAAAACUCGUGCUCAAGUAUGCGCUGUGCGCUUUCUGCUCGGCAUAUUCGAGGCCGGCUUGAUGCCUGGCUGCGCAUAUUAUCUCUCGCGCUGGUAUCGUCGCGCUGAGUACAGCUUCCGCCUAGGAAUAUUUUUCUCUACGGUUCCUCUCUCUGGCGCAUUUGGCGGGCUCAUAGCGUCAGGCAUAUUGAAGCUACCACAUCUCGGGUCUUUGAAAGGGUGGCAAAUGAUCUUCGCUAUCGAAGGCAUCAUUACCGUUGCAAUUGGUCUUCUCGCCUUCGUAACCAUGACCGACCGUCCUGAGACUGCGCGCUGGCUCACAGAAGAACAAAAAGAGCUAGCAAUCAACCGCGUCAAGUCCGAACGUCUAGCCCAAGCGGUCCUCCUCGACAGAAUCGACGCCACGAAGCUGAAGCGCGGAUUCACAAACCCAAUCACCCUCGCUACAUCGUUUAUUUUCUUCCUCGGCAACGUCACCGUCCUGGGUAUCUCGUUCUUCCUACCCACCAUCAUCAGGACCAUUUACCCCAGUCGAACAACCAUCGAUCAACAGCUUCUCACAGUGCCGCCGUAUAUCGUUGGCGCUCUCCUUUUGCUCCUAAUUUCUGGACUCAGUUGGCGAUUCGACCACCGCCAGGCUUUCAUCAUCCUUACAGGACCGACGGUUUUCGCCGGUUAUGCUAUUUUCCUAGCGACAAUUAAUGCGAACAUUCGCUAUGCGGCGGUGUUUCUGUCGGCUAGUACGGCGUUUGCGCUGGGUGUUAUGAGUAACGCACAAGUCGCGGCGAACGUUACGUCGGAUUCGGCGCGGAAUAUCGCUCUUGGAACGAAUGCUAUUUUCGGCUACUGCGGAGCACUCCUUGCAACGUGGACCUAUCUUCCAUGGGAUAGCCCGAAGUACAUGCUUGGCAAUGGCAUUAAUCUUGCUUGCGCUGCCACGUGGACGAUUGUUGGUAUCGGAGCGGCUGCGUGGAUGGUGUACGACAAUAAGAAACGUGAUGAGAGGCAGGCGGCGGGUAUGGAGGAGAUUGUUGGGUUGUCGCAGUUGGAGAUUCAGGAUUUGGAGUUUAGGCAUCCAGCAUGGAGGUGGAAGCUAUGA